AUGUCUAGCUCUAUGGACGAAGUUGACCGAGAGUUUAUUCGCUGCUUGUUCCCAGAGUAUCUGUUACAACAACCUGUGGCUUACGACUUAUGGUCGAUAUAUUUCCAGCAUAAGAAGCUCUUCAACAAGAUUAAGCACAGUAGUAAUUCUGGGUUGAAUGGAAUGCUUGUGGAAAGUGAGGGAAGUGAUAGAAGAUUGCAAGGUAGGCUGUCAUACUCCGUUCGGAAAGAGAUUUGGCAUAAGCUAAUGAACUUAGGUGUACUUGGGACACUUUCAUUUGAUUCAACAACAGACGAAUAUCUUAUGCAGGUUUACAAGUACUUUUAUCCAGCUUCUAUAAGUGGAAUAGCCCAGGCACGUAAGUUUAAUGCGACGAACACUGAAACUUUAAUGGACUUACAAAUGGAACAAGAAGAACUCGAAGAUGUAUCAAAAUUGCCAUCUCUAGGCGAGCAUUUUCUGAGAGAGUCGAGUCAGCCGGGGUCAAGCCGUAUGCAAGGAACAACUGGCUCAUCGAAUGGUGCUGAGAACGAUGAUGACGAUGAAGAUGACGACGAUGAAGAAGAUGAUGACAACGAUGAUAACGAUGAAGAUGACGAUGAAGACAAUGAUGAUGAAGGGGACGACGACGUUGAUAUUGUGAUCGAGGACGAUAGCCCAGCUAACGCAGAUGGCAAUUCUUCUAGCCAGACUUCUAAUCCAGAAACAGUCAACUUCUAUCCAGCGUUGGCAACACAGAAAUUUCCCACCAAAUCGAAGAAAAUAAUGAUGGUGCCUGACAUAUAUCAGAUGAUGGGAUAUUUUCUGCCCAACCAGUGGACAUCACAGUCAAAUAAGAGUAUCCUGCUGUCCGGAGACGGCGUCUCUCAAUUAUGUCCGCACCCUAACUGGCAAGCAUACUUGGGUUAUGAGAGAUCAAGUACUGCAACAAGAAACAGACUGAGAAAUUCAUUUUCUGGCAGUCAAAAGAACGACUUUGCUACAACCUGGGCCAAUAAUCCUUUACCCUUGAACAAACUAGGGAUUUAUUACUACGAAAUAAAAGUAUUAAGUGUAACAAGUUCACAAGGUGCUCAAAAUAGCAACAUAAUUGUAGGCUAUAAACAAUGGUCGGGCUCAAACCCAGAAAAUGCGUCACAGGGAACUGAUAAUGAUCAUAGCUCUUCCAUUAGUAGUGGAACCAGCGGUAUCGGGACAGGUCUUAGAUCCUCGCUUCGUGGAAGAGGUACCACAGAGGCUUCUAUUGGAAACGAUGAACCUUCUUCUAGUAACAAAAUGGGACUCGAGGAGGGCUUUCUCGGUUAUUGUGGGAACGAUGGUUCCAUAACUGCUGGUUCACAGUACAAGUCCUAUUCUAAAUCAUUUGGACGCGAUGAUGUUAUUGGAUGUGGCGUUAAUUACGUUAAUGGUACAAUUUUUUUUACCAAAAACGGUGUCUGCCUGGGAACAGCCUUUACUGAUUUCCAUGAUGUUACUUUAGUCCCUUAUAUCGCAUUAAGAUCAGGUAAUUCUGUGAGAACCAACUUUGGUUUAUAUGAGGAGUUUGUUUUUGAUAUUGUUGGAUAUCAAGACAGUUGGAAGGCUAAAGCGUAUAAACACAUAUUCAAGUCUAUUGACAGCAACGAGGUUCCAGGUGAGUUUGAGUCUGACGAUGAGGAAGCAGUUAUUGAGGCUGAAGGUGACGUGAAUAUGGAUGUUGGCGAAGAAAAACCGAGCGAAGCACAGGACAACUUUACUGUACUUCAGAACUCAGAAUAUGUGGAUGGUCAACUGGUAAAGCCAGACGUGGACAAAAUUAACACUUUGAAUACUGGUGAUGAGUCAAUUCCAUCUACUCUACACACAAUGAUUAGCGAUUAUCUGAUCCAUGAGGGUCUAAUCGACGUUGCCAAAGGUUUUCUGAAAGAUUUGAAAAAAGAUAUGGUACAUGCUAACGAUGAGGGGAAAGGCGAUAUGGUCAUUAGACAUAAUGAAAGACAAAUAAUUAAGGAGGAGAAAAACUUGAAGGUAAGGCAGGACCUCAGACGCUUCAUAACCAGUGGGAAUGUUACUCAAUGUUUGGAGUACCUUGACAGUCAUCUACCGGGGCUUCUGAAAGACAACAUUGAGCUCUUAUUCGAGCUUAAACUGGCCCAAUAUUUAUUGACGAUUAAGAAUUUCAAGGACAUUCAGAUAGGGAAAAUUGUUCAGAAGGGCCAGGAGCUUUCAAAAGAGUUUGUUUACGAUGAAGCAAUACCACAGCAAUUAAGAGAAAAGUUUCGUGCACAACUAAGCAACGUUUCAGCAUUACUCGCGUAUGAGGACCCUGUCAACGAAUCAACUGAUGAAUUAUCAGCUUACUUGUCUAACGAGUAUCUACAGGAUCGCCUAUUCCAGAUUGUUAACACUAGUGUGUUGAUCUUUUUGCACAAGAACUGUGAGUGCGAGUUAGAGAACGUAAUCAAGUAUACAAGAGCAAUGUUGGGGACACUCAUGAACUUCGAUGCCGAUGGGUCAGUGGUGCAUAAUGGCACUGAACUGAGAUGCUACAAGAUCUUAAACAUCGAUCAGGAUUUAUUAAAUCUUUAA